AUGAAUGAAGAUCAUGACUUUGUUGUUAAACUACUGGACGACUUCAAGUUCACCGCUCCCAACGGCUUGAAAUAUCACGCUUUGAUUUUGGAAUAUCUUCCUGGCGGUGAUUUGGCGCAGUUCUUCGAGGAUAUGCUCAACAAUCAAGGAAGCGAAAACGAGCUACCAUGGGCGCAGAACGAUGCUUUACGAAUCUCCGCACAACUGGUUUUAGCGCUGAACUACAUUCACGGGAAGAAUAUCAUGCACCGGGAUAUCAAGCCUGAAAACAUCCUCAUGUCCGCUGGCCAACAGGUGAAAAUUGCCGAUUUCAACGUUUCCCGAUCUGUUGCAGAAACUGUUCACACUGAUGUAGCUGGAUCAAUGGACUACUUGGCUCCAGAAGUGAUCAAUUCCCAAGGAAAUUCGGCUCCUCUCUCGUUUUGUCAAGAUGUUUGGGCGGUUGGCAUCAUUUUUCAAAUGCUAUGCACUUUCAGACAUCCGUUUACUGCUGGGAACCCGUUCCAGACGAUGACAAAUAUCGUCCACAACGCCAGGCGUCCUGCUGAAGUCAUUUUUCCGGCGAUGGAAAGUCUGAUCCGGCGUUGUCUUGUUGUUGAAAUCGGCGAAAGAGCGGAAAGUGCUGCUGCGUUGAUGACUCAUUCGGCGCUGGUCAGUUUGAUCGAACAGUUGAAGAAUCGAGUUUUGCCGGCUGAUCUGACUUUUGGGCUAACGAGAGUGGAUACGACGAUGAAAAUCAACGGGUUGCUGAAUCGGGAAAAUAUCGAGUUGAAGAAUGAACUUUCUAAGGAGAAGAAAUCGUCGAAAAAAGAAAUUGCGGAUUUGAAACGACUCAACAAUGCGCGCAACAACGAAAUUAGCAGCUAUCAGCUAAUCGACCAAAGAAAAAAUAAAUCAAAGCGAAAAAGAACGAAAAUGAGUAGACACCACGAAGCGGAGCAGGAUUCUAGCGCCCAGAAAGUGGCGCGGAUGAUCGACGAGCAUCGCAACCGAAACAGUCACGUGGCGAAGAAGCAGGUCUCUUCCCACGGGAGCAAACUCUCCGGACUCGAAAGACGAAAGAUGGAGAACCGGAACACGACCAAACGACGAAGAAAGCGAUUGUACACACUGACUCCACAAGCACCAAACUUGGCGUCAGUCCCCGAAGACGAGCGCGUCUGCCACUCCGACGAAGAAGUCUUCACCGAAGAAGUGUGCAAAUUCCAAAGCGGCCGGCGCGAUUCACUCGGCUCUACUGUCUCUUCCGUCUCGACCUCUGAUGGCGAAGAAGAGCCAGUUGACUUGCGCGGAAGAGAAGCGAAGGGAACGCGCUCGAGGCCUGAUUACAUGAAACUCAUGAUCAGCUGCGAUACCAGGAGUACUACUUUUCCUUUACUAAAUGAUUAUUUUGGCACGAAAAUCUAA